UAGCGGAAAUGAAAGCAGAUCUAGCCAACACACACCAACACAGUCUUCCUGCAUAUAAACACAGAGAGAGAGUGUGGACACAACAAGACGGCAGAGCAGCACAAGUAAAGAUCAGCUCUGCAGGAAGACGACACAAUCAUGCAGCUGGUGUUUCGAGCUGUGCUGGUGCUGAGCCUGGUCGUGCUCUUAAAUGCUACCAGGAGGAGCCAGUCAGUGAACUUAAGACAGAGAACCAGACCGAAAGGCAAGACUGUGAGACUGCUCCUGGACCCUUCAGUGCUGUCUCAUAUCACCAGUGUGUCUGCCUCAAACAUCGCCAAUAUGUCUCUGUCACCAUGGACAUACAGUCACUCGUUCGAGGCAUCUCGUCUGCCAAUGUGGAUCUCUCAUGCUAAGUGCCUGACCUCCGGCUGUCUGAGCCUGCAGGGGCUUGGAGAGGAUGCGGCCCUGAUGGCUAAACCUAUCUUCCACCAGGUCCUGGUCCUCCACAGAGUCCAAAGGCAGCGGCCCAACAAGAAAAGCGGGAAGAAGACGAAGAAGGGGUACACCUUUAGACUGGGGACGGAGGAGGUCGCAGUGGGCUGCACAUGUGUGAGGCCCAGUGUUUUACUACAGGAGACUUCUGUGAGCAAGGCUUGAAGCGUACUUUUUUAUUUUUGUCCAUAAUAAAUCUGUAUAACGCAAUGUAAUCACUGAAUCAAAGAAUCCUGUGUGUUUAAUAAUUUUUUAUACUGUUAAGACAAAGAAGCUUGUAGCGUAGCUGGAUGCUAACAAGCGGAAUAAAUCAUGUAAAUGUGUAUAUUUCUCUUGGCCUGCAUGAUGUGAGAUUUUGUCUUUUAAUCCCUAUAAUGUUUCACAUUUAUUAUAAAAAUCAUAUUUCAUUGUAAACAAUAUGAAAAACAUUUUAUUAAAGAUUUUGUUCAA